AAUGUUCAUUCAAAUAUUGAUACAUUACCAAGAAGUGAAACAGCAAGUUAUACAUCAAUGAAUUCACCAACACCAUCAUCAAUAGCAACAAGUGGAGGUGCAGGUGUUAGUGGUGGUGGUGGUAGUGGAUCAACAAAUUUUGAUAUUGAUUUUAAUGAAUCAAUUUUACAAGUUCAUAAACGUUCACCACUUUAUAUUAUUGGUGAUCGUGCUCAACAUCGUGUAAGUUUAUAUUAG